UCCCCCCGCCGCUUACCACUCUUCGUCUCUUCCAGCUCCCACCUCCUCUGCUGCUCUGCUCCUCUCGAAUCCAUCAAUAAAAUUGCGCCAUUGGAUCGGGGAGGGGUGGAAGAAGAAGCACUCGUUCCUUCCCCAACCCGUGUAGGCUGCCCACCGCUCGGCGCCGAGCACGCCUCCGUGCUGACGGCUAACCCAGGCAUCCUUCCGCGGCAGCCUCUGGAUUUGCGUGCAGUGGAGAUCCAUCCGGACUUGGAUUGACUUCUUCCUUGGCUGCCCUGCUGGUUUGGAAAACAAGAAGACUGCUGCAUACUGGGAGUUGGACAAAACUCACGUUUCUAUCUACCUUGAGGGAACUGGUGGGAGCAAAAGGCUGCGGGAAGGCUUUGUCACAGAGCCAGGUCACAAGCAUGGACAAAACUGCAAAUGUGGUAUUGGAUAUUGAAGGUCUGCCUCAACCACCUGAUAAAUGCUGCUCUGGAAGUCCAAAAAUGACAAGAGCCCUAUCACGUAAGGGUUCGAAUCGCAUGGAGAGGAGGGGUGGUGAAGAGCAGGAUCAAGAUGACUUUGCCAAAAAACUUAUCAUCAAAGUUGUGCCAUCUCAAUUGGAGCAGCCCCUAGUUUCUAACAAGGCCCUGGUUGCUCCACAUUGUACUCCCUGCACACCUGUUCUUAUUGAUUCUGUGGAAGGAAGGAACAAAAGAUUUAAUCGAUUCACAUCUAUUAACCCUCGGAAAACUCUUCUCUUCUUUGCAACGCUGUCGAGCGUGGGGACGAUGAUACUGAUAUACUUCACGCUGGCGAUCAACAGCAAAGCGGAAACGUAGUCGUUAGCGGGACACCAUUGCGUUGGGGCCGGGGCAGCAGUGCAUUCCAAGCUUGGGCUUUCUCCAUUUUCAGAUUAUGUUUUGUUGGGGGGACUGGGAGGACCGCAGCACAGCUGCUGCUUGAGGCCUACUCAUUGUUCCUUCAUCCCCUUGCCCCCCAAAGUUUCGUUUCAUUUGUAUGUAUAUUUGAUGUUGUGACUUGUGAGCCUACGGAGAUAAGAGAGAGCCAUUGAGAAGGAGAGCCAUUGGUAAUGGUUAUGGUAAUGGAUGGUGAUGAGUCGGUGCUGGGUGGUGUUAGUGCCCGUGCC